AUGCUUCUCCCUUCAUUUGCAUUCUGCCGAAUAGCCAAGCGACUUUCGCUCACCCGUCGGCCGACAAAUCCUCACGAUUCGGACUCAGACGAAUCGACAAGUGAAGAGUCUUCCGAUGACGACGCGCCGUUAGCGACCCUUGUUGCGCCGCGCCGCCCGGGCUCGUCGUUGUCAAUGGCCUCAAACGGGAGCAACCCCAACCUGAAGCUAAAACCUCUAAUCGACAUAAACGAGGUCACCGGCUCGCGGCCGGUCCUCGCCGGCCAGAAGAAGACCGAUGACGGGUUUACAGGCGCGGGCAUGCUCGCUGUGAGCUCGAAAGCCAGUUCCAGCUCGCAACUCCCGAGCCCGGUGUUGACGAGCAGAUCGCCGCCGCCACCGAGCAGCGGAAGGGGUGGAUUUGUGCAGUUCCCUCGCCCACCGGGAGACGCCGCCGCCGCGCCGAGAUGGAGCCCGAUUAGGAAGGAGACCGGCGGGUCUGUGGCGAGCGUCAGCUUGGGUGGUCAGGACAAACGGGAGGGGCUGAAGGCUGUUUCCGCCACGAGUGGUUCAGGAUCGACCUCGCAGUCGUCGUUGGCAAGCACGAGUACAAGACCGACACUUGCGCCGCCCAAUGCGGGCUCGCCGCCGAGUUCGUUCUCGAGUGUGACCGCGAGGAAGGCUUUCCAUCGGCGCUCGUCGAGCGAUAUCGUGUCUGCUUCGGGUCGCUACCCGAAUUGGCUGGACGAUGCGGGCGGUAAAAGUGCAGAACCCGAUGGUGGGGCUUUGGGGCGGGACUUGGCUGACAUGCUUGGUGGUGGUGGGCUGGCGUUCUUGCUGGGCGAGGAGGCGAGCCACCGAAGCAGUCAAUUAGGAAUACGGUCGCCUUUACCUAGCUUCAGUGUUACGAGCAGGCCAGCAAACCGCUCGGUGGAUUUGGGGUCUGCGUCUGCAACGGGAGGAAGGCAAAGGAGCAGCACUUUGAUCCCCUCGACUUCGACUUCUGCGACUGUUUCUUCGACCGCCAACUCGACAAAUACAUCGACUUCAAGCAGCUCAGCAAACGUGUUACAGAAGUCUGCACCUGCUCCUUCUGGGAACGCGAGGCAGCGGAGCAGCACCCUUAUGACCACACCCGCGACGACUUCAAAUUCCCGUUCCGCCCCUGCGACUUCUACUUCCUUCCCUCGCCAAACCUCCUCCCAGCCAAUCCCUUCUUCACGAUCAUCACCACCUAUAAUCGCACAACCCACUCCUUCACCCUCACCACCUUCCCUGCUUGGCCCGCAACGGCCUUUUGCGGGCAACGGCGGUAUCCGCGGCAACUCGCCCGCAAGCUCCACAGGCACAAACGGCACGGGUAACUCGAGUCGAAGCAGCGAUGCCCUUGGCCCGCUUACACCCAGAGACAGGAGCGAGGUUGGCAGUGCGAUGAGUAGUGGGAACAGCGGGAGCGGGAGCGCCGUAUACCGCCCGGGGGACAAGAAUGAAUCAGAGGGAGGAGAAAGUGAAGGACGAUUGGAGCGGGGGCGCGAGCGGGCUGUUGCCGGCGCAUGUCCAGAAGGCGAAGCAGCGGAGGAGCAUCAGCUUUGA